AUGUACUUUUUUUAUUGAACACAUAGUGUAUUUUAUAGUAAUAAAACUAGUUUUAAAGAUGAAUAUAUUUUCUCAAACUAAAUUACUUAAAUCCUUAAAGUUAAAAAAAAACAAUAAUUCCAGUUCAAUUGAUACAAUUAGUCAAAAUACUACUGUAACCAAUGUAAAAAAACCUAACGAAGCUCAGUCCAGUUCAAACAAUAGCAUGUUAUCAGAAACUGAUAGUUUUGUUGAAAUUAUGCAUUCUACUCAAACACAAGGAGAAAAAUUAUCUCAAACCAUUUUUAAAAAUUCAAAUAAAAAUCUAGAAAUGCAUCAUAUUGUGCCUGAAUCCUUAAAAAAACAAUGUCCUCUUUGCUCUCAAUUUAUUGAUGAAAAAAAUUUCAUCAGUCAUGUCAAGUUAUGUGGUACAACUAAUAAUAUAUCAUCUGAUUUAGUUAUAAAAGCAGUUGAUCUUCAAGAACGCCAAGAUGCAGAAAGAAAAGCAUUAGGUCUACCAAGUUUAAUUGUUAAAAAACCAGAUAAUAAAAAAAAACCUGGUAGUAAAAGACAAACCAAAAUUAAAGUUGAAAAUGAUGCCAAUUUAAAUUUAGCUAUAGCUAUGUCAUUAUCAUUACAAGAGUCUACUAUUGCUCAAAUUCAGGAAGAAUCUGAAAAUUUAUUUGAAGCAGGACUAGAAAAUGAAGCAUUAGAAAAACAAAAAACUUUGGAAGUGUUUGGUUUUAUGACAAAUCAUUCUGUCAAAGGGAAAUCAAAAAGUAAUAUGCAUAACACUAAAUUAUUUCAAGAAUCGAAGGAAGAUCAAGAAAGAAGAAUCACAGAAAAAGUGGCUAUAAUUUUAUUAGAUUCAGAAAAUGAUCCUACUCCAUCUAUUAUACUAAAUGAACAUAAUUUUAAGACUGUACAAUCUAUGUACUUGAAAAGUAUAAGAAAUGAAAAAAAUUUGCUUUGGGAAAAGGCCUCUCUUCAAAACGAAGUUGUUUCAGAAUUUUAUGUACCUGUUUUAUCAAAAUUCAUUCCACCCCAUGAAAAUGAUGCUGGAAGUUCUUUAAAAGAAGUCUCUCAAAUACCUGGGAAAUGGAAAAGUCCUAAUCAUGAAACAAAUUUACAUAUAAAUGUGGUUAAUCAUGAACAAAUUUUAACAAAUAAAUGUGUAAGAAAAGAAAAGGUCGCUACAAACAAAUCUCAAGCUUUCUUGCUAACUGAAAGUAAUUUAUCAAACCAACUGUCUUAUAAAUGGAAAUCUAUGGUUGACAACCAAUUCAUGAGUGAUGUCAUAAUAUAUACUAAAGAUGAAAAAGAAAUUUCAGCUCAUAUCUUAGUGUUACAUGUCCAAUGUCCAUCUAUUUUGAAUGAUAUAAUCUUAGAUCCAACAUUAAGUAACAAUGGAAAAACUAAGAAAAUUAUAAUGUGGCUUGAAUAUGAAUAUGAAGCAUGUUUUGCAUUUUUAGAACUAAUUUAUUCUGGUAAAGAGACAUUAAAGAAUUCAAAGUAUAGUAAAGAUUAUUUAAAUUUAAGAAAAAGAUAUGAUGUUUUAAUGGAGAUUAAUAAUGAUGAAGAAGUAGAUGAGAUUAUGUACAGUCAAAAAAAUUCUUACAAACGAAAAAGUACUGACUUCAAUAAUAUGUGUAUUUGUAAAAGAUUUAAAGCCACUAGUCCAGAAAUGUUUACAUCAGAUGAUAUUGUAAAAUCUUCUUCCAGUUCUCCAAAUUUUUUAAAUUGGUGGUUAAACAAUUGUGAUAAGAGUCAGCAGCCAGAUAAUUUAUUUUCUACAAAAAAAAAUUUUUCUAAAGAAAAUUCACAAAAAAAUCUUCAUUUAGAACAAAGUCCUUGUCAUUCAUUCCAUAGUGCUUCUACUGCAGAUAUUUAUUUAGACACUGAGCAAUUAAAUAAAAUUGAGAAACAAGAUAGUAAUUCUAUUGAAUUAUUUUCUUCAAACAAAUCAGAGGAUGAAGAACCAGAAGAACUACAAAACAUAAAAAUUAGCCCUGAUGUUAUUACAAUUGAUAGUGACACUGAAAAUUCGAUUGGAUCUUUAUCUACUAAUGUAUUACCUAAGGUUCACAAGUCUUGUGAGGAAUUAAAUUUAACUAUUCCUUGUUAUUCUUCAUCCUACCACCAACUAAAUACAAGUAAAGCAAAUAAAUUAAAUAUUCAUGAACAUACCACUCAUCAACCAAAACUGAAUAAUGAUUCACUAGUAGUAUUAAUAGAUGAUGAUGGUAGUUUAGAUUCAGUUCAUUCGUGUAAUACAAAUAUUUUAUCACAAAAUAUUGUAAAAAAUCAAAUACCACCAAAAAAGUUAUUCAAUACUGAAAACAAAUUAAUUCUAUCAAAUCCUUUAAUUACCAAAAAAACCGUAAAUGUAUUAAAUGAAUUUGAAUUGAACGAUGUAAGUAGUAAUGAUUCAAUUUAUUCUGACACUACUAACAUAUUAACAAAAACAAAUACUUCAAAACAUAAUUCUUAUCCAUCCCCAUUUAAAAUAAAGUCUUCCAAUCAUGUAUUAUCUAGUUCUGACAAAAAUGUAAUAUGUGAUUUAAAUGAUUCAAAUAGUAUCUGUUCAAUGGCUACUAAUAUAAUACCAAAAAAAAUAUCACCUUGUAAAUUCACAAGUAAAAAUGUUCAUAAUUCAACAAUAUUAAAUGUUUUAUUGCAAAAUACUAAUACAUAUCAAAAACAAUUAAAUGCCUUAACAGAAAAAGAAUCUAAAAUUUCAACUUCAAAUGUCAUUGAGCUCAAUGAUGAUAGUAGUACAGAUUCUAUUGCUACCAAUAUCUUACUAAAGAAUAGUAAUCAAUUAAAAAUACCAUUAAUAUCAUUAGAUCAAGAAUAUAAAAAUUCUUUGAUAAUGACAAAAUCUCAAAAUGAUAAUUUAAGUGUAAUAGAUAUUAAUAAUGCUAGUAGUGUAUUUUCUUCAGCCACAAACAUUCUUUCCAAAACUUCUGUCAUUGAACUUAAUAACUCUAAGAAAGAUGUUACAUUGAUAUCACCAAAUAAGACAAAUUUAUUGCAAAAUUCUUUUUCAAACUCUGAAAUGAUUAAGAUAAAUAAUUUAAAUUUUGAAGACACUUUUAAUUUAUCUUUAAUUUCUAAUAAUGUUCCUACAGAUAAAAUUGAUUCUGCAGCACGAAGUAAUUAUGAAGAAAAAUUUAAAUCUUCAGAUAUAAUAAAGAUAUCAACACAAAGUCCUCAACUUUCAUCAACAAGUAUGAUACAAUCAGAUAUACAUUUUUUUGAUUUGGAAUCUAACCCCAAAAUUUAUUCAGACAUGAAAAAUGAAUUCAAUGAACAAAACAUCUUGUCUAAUCAAAUAGUUAACUUAAAAAAAAACGAGGAAAUAUUUGAUAUCACUAAUAAAGAAACUAGUGACAUUCAUAAUGCAAAAGAAAAUGAACAAAUUAUUGAUGAUCCUUGGAUGGACUACAAUGAUUGGCAAUCACUAAAUUUUAGUCCACAAAAAAGUAUUAAAGAUAAUUCAAUAAACAAUUCUUACGACGCUCUUGUAGAAUCUGCAGAAAAAACUCCAAUAAAAUUUCAUAUACACAAUGAUCAAUCUUACAGCUGUAAUAUUAAAAAUAAAUCUGCUCUUACACCAAAUAAGUUUGGUAGCAAGACAAGUACUCCAAGAAGUAUCCGCAGGAUACGAUCAGAAUCUACAAUUAACAAUUCCAAAGUUCAAGUUACACCUAUGUUAGAUUACAGUUCUAUGAAAACACCAGAUUUUAUGAAAGAACUUGAUCGCUACGGACUAAAACCAAAUUUAGGUAAACGGAAAGGUAAACAAUUGUUAAAAUACAUCUAUAAUGAACUUCAUCCUAAUGCAACUUCAAAAGAAUAUAAUCAAAUUAUUGAUAAGGAUUUAUGUGAAGAUCUAGACUCUACAAUGAGUUCAGAAACAGGGAUACCAGAAUACUUAGAAGAUAGCAGUGAUGAGUUGGAAACUUUUAGUCAAGCUCAUUCAAAUAAAGUACCCAUAGAACUUGGAUUUUCACAACUAUUAAAAGCUGACAAAAGCUUACACAAUAAAAUAUUAUGUUAUGAACCAAUUUGGAUUGAAGUUUUAAAAGAAGAUUUAAAAAAAUAUAAUGUUAAUGUGGGCAUGCAGAAACUCAUGACAUUUUUAGAUGAUAAAUGCAUUACAUUUCGGUCAAAACUUUUAAAUGAUCAAAGACAAAAAAAGGUAGCUAAUAAAAAUCAAAAAAGAAGGAAGUUAUUUUGAAAUAUAGUAUUUUUAAGUCAAAAUUAAUGUUCUAUAAAUAAAUUGUUAUUAAUACAUUACUGGUAGCUAUUAACAAAACUAUUUCUGUUUAUAAUUAUAAUAUUUAAAAUGUGUAUUACUUAUAUGCGUAUGUAUGUAUAUAUAUAUAUAAUAUAGAUUUAAACUUA